CCCGGAGCCUGCCCGCCGGUGGAGGUCUGUUGCCCUGACAACAGCUGGCCUGCCGGGACUUUCCGGAAAGCGCGGGCUCCCGGUAGCAGUGUUUCCAGUGCCUUAAGUACUUUUAGGAUGCUUUCUUUGUGAAGUGAAAAUUACUAACUAUGGCUCACUAUUCCAAAGAAGAACUUGAUGAAGAAUUUGAACAAUUUAUGAAGGAGCUUUCAGAUGAUUCUUUUGAAAAUUCAAACAAAACACCUAGACAACCUAAAAAAGAAAUGAAGAAGAAAGAUACAGUGCCUUGGUGGAUAACCGAAGAUGAUUUUGAUAAUGGACUGCUUGGGACAAAUGUGAGCUAUUUGAAAACAAAGAAGACUUCUCAGCCUGUUAUGGACUCAGAAGAGGAGUCUGCUGAAAAAGCUCAAUUUCUUAAGAGCAGUGGGACCUCCAUCUUAAGUGUUGACAGCCUAGAAGCCAAUGAGUUAGUCGUUUCUGACCUCCAUCAUAGUACCCUGGGGCUGGGGUUGGACACAUUAGAAGAACAAGAAGAGAAGGAGCAGUUCUUUGCCAGACUUGAAAAAGGCUUGACAUCCUCUAUUGAUUAUUCCAAAUUAAAUCAAGAACUGGAUUCUGAUGACUCCACACAAUUCAGAGCUUUACACAGUUAUCACACUAACACAGAACCAGCUGAAGAUGGACAUGAGAAUGAAUCAGAACAUGAGGGACUGCCAGAAACAUACAGUGAUGAUUUUGAAGAUGCUGAGGAUGUUGAUGCACCUUUGAUUACUAAAGAUGAAGAGACCCAUCCCGAAGAAAACUCAGAGUCAGGAAAAGCGAAUGUUCCCACACAGGAGGAAGAGAAAACCAGCAUGCUGGCUAAUGUUGUGCUGCUCGAUUCUUUAGACUCUGUUGAGGAUGUUGACCUUCCUGAUCAAAAGAAAGCAAGCCCUAAUGCAAAGACCCUCCCAGAAACGACUAGUGGGGAGCUAGCGGGAACAGGCGUUUCUUAUGGCCAGAGCAGUGGGGACACUGAAGCCCUGCACCAGGCUUACAGUCAUAUAGCUCAUUCUCUGGGGGAUACAGACGAACCAAGAAUUGAGGCUAGCACUAUGGGAAAUGUCAAGAACUCAGGAAAAGAUCAUCUUCAAGAACAUGAAGAGUCUUCAAAGAACAUUUCUACCACAGAAUCUGAUCUGCCCACAGUAGAGGAGCUGAUGAAACCCAUCAGGAUAGACUCCUAUGGGGUCAGUGGCUUUGACUUGCCACCCAUCAGCCUUAAGAAAGCAGCUGAGAGUAAAGAAGGGGACUCUGUGAGCUCUGUACCCCUUAAGAGGAACGCGAACACUGUGACUGAAGACCUCACUCACGUGAGCCCGUUUCCCCACGAACCCGGCGAGAGUGCGGCUUUACGCAGGACAGUGGGUGCCAGCGUGGGCAGUGGCUGCCCGGCAGCAACUGGUAUGGAAGAGCGUUUGGACAAAAUGUACCUUGAGAUUGUGAGGAAAAAAACAACGGUUAACCCUUCACUAUUACCUCAGCAUGACAAAACGAACCAGACUUCCAGGACUCGGAUCAGCGCUGGGGAAGAGGGACCUGUACGUGGCAAACAGGUUCUGUACAAGAAGGUCAGAAGUGCACCUCCUCUGCUUAAGAGAAAGCCACAGAGUGGACUGUAUGUUUCCACUCGGAGCUCAGGCUACGGCAGACCCAGUUCACCGCUCCAGUUACUUUCUGCUCUUGAAAAGAAAACUUCGAAGGACAAUACAAAAAGUAAAAACGUGAGGUCCGUUCCCACCUCAAGUCAGUUUAGGAGAAAAGAAAUAUUAUCUGGAACAAAACUCAUCAAGCCUGCAGCUUUGAAUAAAUCAUCCCCCCAAAGUGAAGGUAGCCUAGCUACUCCUAAGAGGCCUGAAGAUGCCACAGCUGACUCCUCUAUCCAGUUUCAGACUGAACCUUCAGGAUCCUCUGGUGGGAACAGAGAGAAAGAAUUACUAAUGUUGAAAAGAGCUCAGGAUGCAGAGGAAAAAUGGAGGGGUGCACAAGCCCUAAUUGAGCAAAUUAAAAUUACAUUCUCAGAAAAGGAGAAGGAGCUGGAGAACACGUUGGAAAAUCUAAAGAGACAGCAGGAAGGGGAGCUCUUCAAACUGAACCAAGAAAAUUACAUUCUUCAGGCCAAGUUAAGUAGCUUUGAAGAAACAAGCAGAAAGCAGAGAUGGCUGCAGCUUGGGGAAACCUCGGAUCCCAUCACCGGAGAAAAACUGAAACAAAUCCAAAAAGAGAUACAGGAACAAGAGACGCUUCUUCAAGGAUAUCAGCAGGAAAAUGAAAGAUUGUAUAAUCAAGUAAAAGAUCUCCAGGAACAAAAUAAGAAAAACGAAGAGCGAAUGUUUAAGGAAAAUCAGAACUUAUUUAGUGAGUUAGCCUCUUUAAAAGAACAGAUGCACAAGGAUCGUUUCCUGUCUCAAGUAGUUGAAAAUGCAGAACCCAUCAAAACCCAGAGUUUUACAGACCUCCUAGCAGAAUUACGGGUGGUGCAGAAAGAGAAAAACCAUCUGAUGGAAGACAUCAAAAGACUGAAGCAAGACAAACAAGCUCUGGAAGUGGACUUGGAAAAAGUGAAGAAAGAGAGGGACCAGGCCAAAGACCAGAUUGCUUAUGCCACAGGUGAAAAAUUAUAUGAAAUAAAAAUCUUAGAAGAAACACAUAAACAAGAAGUCAGUCGUCUGCAGAAGCGGUUACAGUGGUACGCUGAGAAUCAGGAGCUUCUAGAUAAAGAUGCAGCUCGUCUCCGAGAGGCCAAUGAGGAAGCUGAGAAGCUGAAACUGGAGAUUGAAAAACUGAAAACUGAGUCUGGGAGCCCAACUAUUCAGCAGAGGUUACGCUCGAAGGAAAGAGCUCUGGAUGCCAAAAGAAUUCAGGAUCUGGAGCGGCAGGUUAAAGAAAUGGAAGGAAUUCUGAAGAGAAGGUACCCCAACUCUUUACCUGCUUUGAUACUGGCUGCCUCGGCCGCUGGUGAUUCAGUAGACAGAAAUACAGUGGAGUUUAUGGAAAGAAGGAUAAAAAAGUUAGAAGCUGACCUGGAGGGCAAAGACGAAGAAGCCAAGAAAAGCCUCCGCACCAUGGAACAGCAGUUUCAGAAGAUGAAGAUCCAGUACGAACAGCGGCUGGAGGAGCAGGAGCAGCUGCUUGCCCACAGACUGAAGGAAGCACCACAGAACCAGUGCAACAGCUCAUCCAGGCUUAAGGCCCUUGAGACAGAACUUGGGGAGGUCAAGGAAGCCCAUCAGGUCACCGUAAGAAAGCUGGAAGCAGAAAUCGAUGUGCUUAAGCAUCAAAAUGCCGAGUUAGAACACAAGAAGACUGGCAAGGAGGACCAGGACCUCCAGUCCAUAGAAUUCCAGGUGGAGCAGGCGCAUGCGAAAGCAAAGCUGGCAAGACUCAACCAAGAGCUGGCCGCCAAAGGGAGAGAGAUCCAAGACCUUUCGAAAACUGUGGAGAGGCUCCAGAAGGAGCGGAGGAUGAUGCUGUCCAGGCAGAGCCCCAGGAGCAGGGAGGAAACGUCCGCCAAAAGGCCGAAGAAAGAAGUUCUGCACCCACAUAGAGGGAAUGCAAAUUCCUUCCCUGGAACCCUAGAUGACAAACUGUACCACCCACACACCUUUACUGACUCUGAUGUUUCGGAGGUUUUACAAGAAAACUACAGAUUGAAAACAGAACUAGAGGGAUUGGUCCUAGAGAGAGAUAAGCUGAAGAUGGACUCGGAAGCAGCAGUAUACCAAUUUGAAAACUCCAUGAGAAGGGUCAAGGACGACACUGCCGCACACAUUGCAUCCCUCAAAGAGUCUCAUCAGAGGGAAAUAGAGAAACUCCUUUGCCAGAAUGCAGUAGAAAACUCCUCUUCCAAAGUAGCUGAACUGACUCGAAAAAUCACAACUCAAGAGGUACUUAUAAAACAUUUCCAAGGUCAAGUUAAUGAGCUGCAGGGUAAACAAGAAUCCCUUGCACUUUCUCAAGUUCGAGAAGAAAUCCUACAGAAACAGAUAACAAAACUCUUGGAAGAAUUGAAAGAAGCCAAAGAAAACCACACACCAGAGAUGAAACACUUCAUGGGCUUAGAGAGGAAGAUCAAGCAGAUGGAGAUGAGGCAUAAGCAGAGGGAGCAGGAACUCCAGCAGAUAAUACAGCAAACACGGCAAGUAGUGGAGAGUGAGCAAAACAGGGAGGUCGAGAAAUGGAAGAGGCUGGCGCAGCUGAAGAAUCGGGAGCUGGACAAGUUCCGCACGGAACUAGACUCCAUGCUGGAUGUUCUGCGGGAGCUGCACCGGCAGGGCGUGGUUGUGCCCGUCACCGCUCUUGGGGAUGAAGUAAACACGGCCGAGUUUUAGUCGCAGCUCAGAUCCGAGUGACCUCAUGGGAAGACAGAUGAAAAGGCGCCACUGUCUGAACAGCUUUUGAAAAAUAAGGCUCUGCUAGACAGGCGUGUGUGACGGCAAAGGUAGCAAUGCUAGUCAGAAUAAACUGCCCUGAACUAACAAGGAAAAGAA